AUGCUCUACACUCACGCAACCAUUAUCACUGUUGACCCCGCGCGGCGCAUCAUUGAAGACGGUGCGAUCUAUGUACGUGGCAAUAUCAUUGCGGACCUUGACGCGACCAGCAUACUUCGGAGACGAUAUCCCCUCGAAAGAGAGUAUGACCUUAGUGGACACAUCGUCGUCCCAGGGCUCAUAUCAACACACACGCAUACGAUCCAGUCACUAUUACGGGGCACAGCAGACAACGAGGCACUAGAAUCAUGGCUAGCGGAUGUAAUCCGUCCCCUACAGCGCAGCAUGACGGCUGAAGAGGCUUCGGUCGGGGUGCAAUUAAGUGUGGUAGAGAUGCUCAAAUCUGGCACGACGUGUUUUCUGGAGAGUAUGUUCUUGGAGCAUCAUGACUUUAACCAGCUCUGUCUGGUGGUCCAGGACAGCGGUAUCCGGGGAUGCUUAGGCCAGAUGGCCCCCCUACCGACCUCAGCUGAAAAUGCCGCCGAACGUUCCAUAGCCAACGUAGUACAUUCAUGGAAGAACUGGAAUGGCGCAGCAAAUGACCGGAUUCGGAUCUGGUUCGGGGCCCUCACCCCAGGACUUGCCGCCGAUGGUCGAUUUAAAGAGAUGACAGCAGCCGCCCAUUCUCAUGGUAUUCCAAUUACAAUCCAUUGCGCAGAAACCAAACUCCAAUACAACUCCUUCGUCUCGCUUGGCCAUACGCCCGUCUCCUGGGCCGAGUCAGUAGGACUGCUGACCCCGUCGACGGUGCUGGUUCACAUGGUCCAUUUGGAUAAAAGCGAUGACAUCCCCAAGCUGGCCGCUUCGGGAGCUCACAUUGCGCAUUGCCCAACCUCGAAUGCCAAACUUGCGUCGGGAAUCGCCCGGGUGCCAGAGCUAGUGGCAGCAGGCGUGAAUGUCGCUAUUGGCGCAGACGGGGCCCCCUGCCAGAAUACCUGCGACUUGUUGCAGGAGCUGAAGCUGGCCGCAAUCAUCCAGAGGAGUAUAUCCAAUAACCCGAGACUUUUUCGCGCAGAAACCAUCCUGGAGAUGGGGACAAUCAAUGGGGCAAGGGCCCUGGGCCUUGCGGACCAGAUAGGAAGCCUGGAAGUCGAGAAAAAGGCUGAUUUUAUCGCUAUCGAUAUGCGGAAGCCGCACCUACAGCCUUGCAAUAACCCAGUCAGUAAUGUGGUAUAUUCUGCGACAGGACGCGAUGUGACACUGGUGGUAGUGGACGGGCAGCUGAUCGUCGACCGUGGGAAAGUACUGACUAUGGAUGAAGAGGCGAUUAUCGAGGCAGCGAAGCAGAAGAGCUACAACAUCAUACAGAGAGCUGGUCUAACAGACCAAAUACGGUCAAUAUGGCCAGUACACCAGCCCCGGUAG